AUGGAGGAGCAGCCAUCAGAUACCGUGAUGGAGGAGAGAGAGGAGCUAAUGGUUCCACCCACUGGUGGAAAACCAACUCUAAGAACAGCCUAUUUCCUCAACCCCACCGAUCAUCGGACUUUCGUCGAGAAAAACGUCCUUUCUUCAGUUUCCUGCGCUUCAAAUGUCAUGGUUCCUAUUAACUCCAAACAAAGCCCAUUACGUGUAGUCUUCGGUGGAUGGAAAUGCCGCCAACUGAGGGAGUGGAAGAACUGGGUUCAUCAGUUAAGACCUGUAUAUGAAGACACAUGGAAGAAAGCUGGAAUCUUGGAGGCUAUUUUGGCUUCAACUUACCAUACCACAAGGGAUAAUGAUCUAAUAAUUAAGCUUGCUGAGAAAUGGUGUCUUGAGACGAAUACGUUUGUCUUCUCCUGGGGUGAAGCAACCAUCACGUUGGAAGAUGUCAUGGUUUUGGGAGGUUAUCAAUCUGUCUUAGGAGAUUGUGCUCUAGGCCCUCUUGCGGGUACUGAAGCUAUGUUUAGCCAGGAGGAAAAGCUGAAAAGGGCCCAUAGUAUGAUUUCACGUUCUAUGGGUCAAUUUGCAAGGCAACGUCCUUGGAUCCGUCAUUUUAAGGGAACUGGGAAAAAACUGGAGCAUGAGGCAUUUCUUGCCUUGUGGUUGUCCAGGUACGUGUUUCCCAACUACUAUGACUUUGUAAGCAAAAAUGUCUUCCCCGUAGCUAUCAGUCUGUCUGGAGGCUUUCCCGUUGCAGUUGCUCCUUCCCUUCUUGCUAGCAUAUAUAGGGAUAUGGGCUUGCUGAAAAAAUUUUUAAUAGCUUCGGUUGAGUGUCCUGAUAGUAAAUCAAAGCUUUAUUUAUCUGCUCCACUCCAAUUAGUUCAACUCUGGGCUUGGGAAAGAUUUCCAACAUUAAGACCUAAUCCUAACCCGCUUGAAUUUGGAGAGCCAAGAUCAGCCAGAUGGCACAUGUUAAAGAAAGUGGGAGUUAAAGAUGUAAGGGAGGCUUUGGAUUCAGCAUGUGAAAGUUUCCAAUGGCGGCCAUACGCCAUAGCAGUAGAAAACUGGAACAUCCCGAAGUUUUACAAAGAAAAUGAGGAUUAUGUAACUGUUGAUUCUGGUAAGGACUUGGUGAUGGAGUCCUGGGUCAGAUGUUUGAGAAUUUCUGAGCUAGUUGGGAUGGACUGCCUAGAGCUUUAUCUUCCACAUCGAGUUGCAAUGCAAUUCGGGUUUGACCAAGAUGUUCCAGGCUUUGUCAAGAGAUCAUCAAAUUGUCAGACCCUUGAGAUCGCUUGGAGCAACUACAACAGGCCAAUUAAAGAUGUCAAGCUUCAUAUACCUGCCCGAUUGUUCGAAUCAGACGUCACAACACGGUACUUGGAGUGGUGGGAUAAGUUGAAGCUGGAUCAGGGAAAUGCUACUACAAUUACAAAUGUUGUCUUGCCAGGCUUGUCUCCCAAUCCUGAUCAUGUAGGACAGGAAGUGGAUGAUGAUGAUGAUGAUAAUAUAAUGCUUGCUGAAUUGAUGAAGAGGAAGAGGGGUCGUGCUGAUGAAGCUAUAGGAGUGUCUGGAGGUUUUGAGAUUAUGGCAGAUGCUCAGGGCUUAUCACCUGCACCUGAAAAUUGUGUCUCUGUUAAAAAUCCUGAAUCAGGGAUAAACUCUGUAACAUCAGGUGACGAGAAUGUUGGAAGGGUACUGGAGGAAUACAGGACGGAUAACUCAAACGCAAUUAUAGUAAAAGAAAGAUUGAUGAAUACUGAAGAAGAUGAAGAGGAAAGCUACAAAUCUAGUGCCGGUGAUCCACUGGAACCUAAGAUUGGUACAUUAGAUAAUGAAAGUGUUGCAGGUGGUGCGUCUCAAAGUGGAUAUGCUGAAAUCAAUGAGCAGAGUGGAGCUUUGCCAGAGAGACUAAACUGGAACACAGAGAUGGAAAAUCUUGAGUCUCGAAUUAGGAAUCUUGGGAAAAUACUUGCCUGGAUUCAAGCUGCUGAAGGUGAAGCAGGAAGGAAGUAA